CAAAAUCUCUUACGUAAGAAUUUCGGUUGCCCCAUUUUUGAAUCGUCUCUCUCUCCCUCGAAUAACCAUUUAUAAUCAUCUCUCUCUCUUUCAAUCCUGAUCUCAGCUUACAAAUCUUAACUAAUAACGUGGAACCGACACAUUAUACUCUGAACCUGCCCUCUUCCUCUCUGGUUCUCACGUGAUUUCAGUUUCUUCAAGCGAUCGAUUAAUUAAUCGUUGAAAGCUGUUACCAAUUUUUCGAAUAACAAUGUCGCAAAUCAGAUGUAACUCUCGGGGUUUGAGGUCCGUAACCGUUCUUUUUCUAAAUCUAGCUUUAGCUUUCGCAUUCGUUUCCGCUGAGAGGAUCCUCAAGUUUGAUUCUCAAACGCGGGAAAGUGACGAAAGAAGCAGUUUCGUCCUCAGAGCAGCGAGUUUCUUAUGGGAAUCUGACCAAACAGGCUAUCAUCAUGUCUGGCCCGAAUUUGAGUUUAACUGGCAAAUUGUGUUGGGAACUCUCGUUGGAUUCUUUGGUGCUGCUUUUGGCAGCGUAGGAGGUGUUGGUGGAGGUGGAAUCUUUGUUCCAAUGCUCAGUUUGAUUAUUGGGUUUGAUCCCAAAUCAGCAACAGCCAUGUCUAAAUGUAUGAUCAUGGGAGCUUCUGUGUCAACUGUGUAUUACAACCUUAGGUUGAGGCAUCCUACUCUUGAUAUGCCAAUCAUUGACUAUGAUCUCGCCCUCCUCAUCCAGCCCAUGCUUAUGCUCGGGAUCAGCGUUGGGGUUGCUUUCAAUGUCAUGUUUCCGGAUUGGAUGGUUACAGUACUACUCAUUAUCCUCUUUCUAGGCACAUCAACAAAGGCUUUCUUAAAAGGUUGUGAGACUUGGAACAAGGAGACUAUAGAGAAAAUGGAAGCUGCUAAGCGUUUAGAGUCAAAUGGUGUAUCUGCCACAGAAGUGGAGUACGUUCCUCUACCCGCAGCUCCGAGCACAAACAAUGGAAACAACAAGAAACAACAAGUAAGUAUUAUAGAAAAUGUAUACUGGAAGGAACUGGGACUUCUCGUUUUCGUCUGGGUUGUUUUCCUGGCACUUCAGAUAGCCAAGCAAAAUAUGGCUACAUGUUCAAUAGCAUAUUGGGUCAUAAACUUGUUACAGAUUCCGGUUGCAGUUGGAGUAUCAGGGUAUGAAGCAGUAGCUUUGUACCAGGGUAGAAGAAUCAUUGCGUCGAAUGGACAAGGAGACUCCAAUUUCACCGUUGGUCAGCUUGUUCUCUACUGUACAUUUGGCAUAUUGGCUGGAAUAGUCGGUGGUUUACUUGGUUUAGGUGGAGGUUUCAUCAUGGGCCCAUUGUUCUUAGAGCUAGGUGUCCCACCACAGGUCUCAAGUGCUACAGCUACUUUUGCUAUGACUUUCUCUUCAUCCAUGUCUGUUAUAGAAUACUAUCUUCUCAAACGAUUCCCUGUUCCAUAUGCUCUGUACCUUGUGGGAGUGGCUACAGUUGCAGCUUUGGUUGGACAACAUGUAGUGAGAAGGUUGAUUGCAGUCAUCGGCAGGGCAUCUCUCAUCAUCUUCAUCCUUGCGUCCAUGAUUUUUAUCAGCGCGAUAUCACUUGGUGGCGUGGGGAUAGUGAACAUGAUCGGCAAAUUCCAACGGCAUGAGUACAUGGGUUUCGAAAACAUCUGCAAGUACAGUGGUUAACGAUUUGUGGAUCAUGUCAAAGACUCUAUCUCGGCCUUUGAUCUCUUUUUUAACUGAAGCCAAAUCACGGUCUCAGUAACUGUAAAGUUUCAUUCUUGAUUGCAAUUCGAUUUUGUGUUAUUUCUUUAGAAGGGAUUAAUGCGGGUUUGUUUGCUAAUUGUAUUCUAGAUAUGUUUGUUUAAAAUACUAUUUGGUAUUGAUUUUUUUUUUUGCACAA